AUGAGAAGAAAUUUAAACGCGUAACAUCAUUAACAAUCACAUUAAAGCACAGAAAGAAAAACUUCAACUUGUUUUUUGUUUUGGCCUAACAAAUAAGAAGAAAACUAUUUAUACACAAAACGUUGGAAGCAACAGGGGGCAGGAAGGGCGGUGGAAAAGAAUCCGUCCAAUAUGAAGAUGUGGGUAACCAUAUGCGAUGCUGAUUCUUUUUCUGUGAUCCAAACUGCUUCAUUCAUAUCCCUCUGAUUUUUUCAGACAUGAAAAUUUUCAUCAGUGCCAGCGAAGUCACGUUCAGCUUGUACCCUUUUGGACAAAGUUAACUUUUUUUUUACCGUUAUGAAGUUGGAGAACCCAACAAAAAGGGGUUCAGGAAGAUCCACUUGUUUCUAUGGUCAUUAUUAGGGGCAUAGUAAAGGCCACGUUUGAGUUUUCGUGCUAGUUUAUCACUGUAGAAAAAACGGGCUUUUGGCUUGUGGGUGUUUAUUUGAAACCUUUCUUAUGUGCUGAUCGAUGGUUAACUGGGUCAAAGAUUGGAUCUUCUCUAACUUGAGCGUGGUGAGUGGAGAACCGAAAGUGCGAUGAGUUUGUAGUGUUCUUCUGCAGAGAUCCGAGUGUAUGGAGCCUCCUACGGGGUUUUGUGCUUCUUUGUGGAGUUUCGUCCGAUUCCUUCCUUAUUUCAUUGGGCUUCUGCUUCUGGGCAGCAUCAAAGGUAUCCUUUUCUGCCCUUUGAUAUGCGUAAUAAUUGCAACUGGGAACACUGCUAUCAUACUUGUACUUUGGACAGUGCAUGCAGUUUGGACAUAUUAUUGCGUUCUGAGAGCUAAACAAUUAGGGCCACUUCUGAAGAUUGUUAUCUGCCUGUGUGUACUACCAGUGCUGUUGGUUUUGUGCCCGGCUUUUGGUAUUCUUGGAAGCUUUCUAGGUGGAGCAGCCUAUGGAUUUCUUUCACCCAUAUUUGCUACUUUUGAAGCUGUAGAGGAAGGAAAAGAUGACAAGCUUUACCACUGUUUCAUUGAUGGUACUUGGAGCACUGUUGAAAAGUCUUGCAUGGUUGUAAGGGAUGUAAAAGACGUUGCUUUCCAUUCAUACUUCUCGGUUAUGGAUGACCUGCUACAGAGAGGACCUCCAAAUGCAAAAUAUUAUGAGAUCAGGCUGUUUUAUAUUCCUGGUGCUUUAAUAGCUGCAGUUAUUGGAAUUGUGGUUGAUGUGCCAAUUAUAUCAUUUGUUGCCCUAUGCAAAGGUCCAUACAUGCUUUUUAAGGGGUGGCAUAGACUGUUUCAUGACCUCAUUGGCCGUGAAGGCCCUUUCCUGGAGACAAUAUGUGUGCCUCUGGCAGGUCUUGCUAUCCUUCUCUGGCCAUUGGCUGUGGGCGGGGCAGUUCUGGCAUCCAUAUUAGCAAGUUUCUUUCUUGGUGCAUAUGCAGGGAUUAUUGCUUAUCAGGUCAGUCCUCAUAUUUUUUCUCUACUGAGAUGUACUAUACUACUAUUGUUAUUAUAGCUGUUAGAAAUAGUG